AUGAAUAGUAUAAUAAGAAGAAGCAAUACAAUAAACCCAAAUUUUAACUUGAAUGACUCAAGUCCUACAUCUUUGCAAAAGAAACAAAGAUUAGAGAGUCUUCAUGCAGAAAUUCAAGAAGAGUAGCUUUCUGAAUUUGCUAAAUACUACAGAAACGAAGUAAGAAAAGAAUCAUUGAUUAACUCUCAAUCUAUUUUGAAGGAUUAGUUAAAUAGUAACAACAAUAAUAGUAAUAAUUAUAAUAAUCAAUUACAUUCCAAAUAAACAAUUGAUAUGAGUGAUCUUAAUGAUGAAAACCAUAGUAGAGUCUCAUUUGAAGCUUUAAGUCCUCUAAAAAGAACAAGCAAAAGCUUGGCUAUGAAUAAAUGCGUUUACUCUUCAGGAUUUCCUUAAUUAUCUACUUGUUUAAGUUUUUAAAAUUCAGAAAUUAAAAGUCCUAACUUUUGCUAAUCCUAAAAGAGAGUUGACUUUUCACCAUUAUAAAAUUCUAAUUCUAAGCAAGGUUAACUUGAAAGCUUUAGAAGUGCUACCGAAACUAUUUAAUUAAUUAAAAUGUAAAACACAUUUCUUAAAAAACAAAUUAAACCAUAAAAUUAACAAUUUUUGGAGAAAUGCCUUGGAUAACUUCCUGAUUAAAACAGAGGAAGUGGGUUUUAAACACCAACAAAAUCUUAAAAAUACAUCCCAUUUAAUCAUUCAACUAGCAGUAAAUCUAGUUUUGUUAAAUUUGAUGCUUUCUCUCAACAAAGAGGAGUGCGUCUGUAAGAAAUGGACUUUCUUACAAGAUUAAAUAACGAUAGCUAAAAUACAAUUAAAACUGAUAAACCUAGUUCUUUAAAAGUAUAGAGAGCAACCUCUUUAACUGAGUUUAUGAAAACUAGAUAAUCAACAGAUAGAAUAAUAGAUUCAAAGAGAGAAAGUAGUUUUCAAGAAAAACAACAGCCAGAAGAUCAUUUUUAAAAAAAAGCCCUCAGAAGGUAGAAUUAAAAUACUCGUUCAUAGAGCUAAAUAUUUAUUCACAAAGAUAAAGAUUUCACAAUGAAUAGUCCUUUAAAUUUUAGCAAGCAUUUAAAAUCUCUAGAACAAUUAUACUAAUCAGAGAAAAAUAGAAGAAAAAUUAGGAGAAUAGCUGAAGAUUUGACCAAAAACUUUAGAGAUAGCAAUUCAGAUAUACAAAAAAAACCAAUUAAAAUUAUCAUUUAAUAAGAUUUAGAUCAGUCCAUUAAAAAAAAGGAGACUAAAAGUCAAAGCAGAAAGUCUUCAAUUGAAAUUACAGAGUAAAUUCACUAUUUCAAAAAGCAGAGAAAUGAGCCUGCAGCUUCAUAAGACUAUUUAUAAAAAGAAAGAAAGUCAAUAUUGCUUGGUAGUAAUUCUUAAUUUAGUCAUAUUAUAAACAGCUCUAAAUAAACGGUAUCACCUCCAAAUAGCUUAUCAGCAAUUGCAGAUAAGCAUUUUUAAGACAAAUAGGUGGAGGAUAAAAUAAAUAAUUCUAUAAAAUUAGCAAAAGAAACUCAUAACUAUUUACAAAAAUUAUUUUCUUUGAACAUCAGUAGAUAAAAAAUAGUUAAAAUUUUAAAAAGUUUUUUGUCUGGAUAAUCUCCAUUAUUGAAUAUACUUUUAGAUGAGAAUAAAUAAAAUUUAAAUUAAGAAAUAAAUGCAAAAAUGCUAGAAGAUUUAAUUAUUAGCAAUGAAAAUUAGACUUAAGAAGAAAAACUGUUGAUUGAACAUGAAUUAAUUUACGUUUGUACUAAAAUACAAGAAUAUAUUCUCUAACAAGAAAUACAAUAGUGUGAAAUAUACAAAUAAGACAUUCUUAAUGGUUGCUAAAAUCUCCAAGAUAUUGCAAACAGCAUCAACAUAAGAAAUAAGACCCACAAAAUUACAGCCUUUAAAACUUUAGAAAGUUUGUCCUUUAUGAGUAACCAUAUGUUUAACAAACAGCACUCCAUAGUUGAUUAGCUGGUAAAAUCAGAAAUAAAAUUUGGGUAGUUGCAAUUUGUAAAUCAAUAAAAUUUGAGUAUGAAUAAACAAAUAGAAAAUAAAAUAGAAAAAAUGGUAAAAACAAGAUAAAACCAAAUUAAAAUGAUCAAUAUUUUCAACAACUAAAAAAAAGAAGAAUUAUGA